AUGUUCGGGAUAGCGGCCCCUGGAGUGUUGAAGGCAGAGAGUGUUGGAGAUCUUGGGACGAUGAUGGAAAUGCCGUCUCGCAAGCUAAUUGGUCCAGCACAUUUGGGUGACUCUGCAGGUCACUGGAAAAUGGACUCAGUGCGAAUAAGCAGACCGAAUGUGAAAAAGGAUGAUUGGAGGAACUUUUUAAGCCUUGUGGAGCGAGUUCUGUUGAUAAAUGAGACAUAUGAGGUGAAAUCGCAGCCUGACUUCCUCUCCUUCAAAUUGGACGCAGUGCAUCCGGUGCGGCUUCAGGAGUGUCAAAACUUCAUUGUCCCUAACGCCAACUGUCCGUCCAGAGGCAGCAUGCACAUCAAAUGCCGAUUCACCUCCCGACUUUUCUACGCCCAGCUCAUUCAACUUCGACCACUGGAUUGGGGAAAAUUCCAGAUAAAAUUGGAGAAUAGGGAGAGGAUUUCCUAUCACUACAUAGAGGGCUACUUUGAAGGUGCCAUGGCGAGCUGUUGCCAGGCCACCAUGAAAGGAGAGCCCCUCAUCUUCCCCUACAUCUCCAAGGUCAGCGUCGACCAGGUUUCCAGAUGCACAAUGACUCAGGAUUCGAAUCUUCGACUACCAGGUAGCAUCGAACCAAAUGGUCUUAAAAACUACCUUCGUGGUCUUCUGAACUCCUACUUCAAGAUUUAUCUAACGGAGCACUUAUAUGAACCGCCUUGUUAA